UCAUACUGCAAAAGGGCUCUUGUUGCAUUCGUUUGUUCUUCAAAAGUUUUUUCUUGUUUACCCCAGUUUUUCUUAACUUUUCGGGCUUAAAAUUAUGCGUAGGUUAAGUUGAUAGGCGAAAAAUGCUUCCAACGAAUAUCUGUCGAACCUGUGCUCAGCAAGAUGGACGUUUACUGCCCUUAUCCACUUGCCUGGAAAAAGACGCCUCCAAAAGUUUCUACGAUGUGCUCCAGGAACUUACGCAAAUUAAUCUCCAGCGAGAGAGCUUGGAUGACAAUCUUCCACAGCAAUUGUGCACCGAUUGCUGGACGAGAUUGGAGAAUGCCCACGCCUUUGUAGAGCAGGCCAGAAAAGUCAAUAAGGAGCUGCUGGUUCGCCUGAGGGAGUGUUUGGAUGAAAUACCCAUCGAUAUUCCUCAGGAGCAGAACAUUAAGACAGAGGUAGACCUUGAGGAUGAUGGCAAGUCAGAGGUGGACAUAGGUUCCACAGGAUUGGCGGCUUUGGAGCUUAAAUGGCAGCCAGAAAGCGCCAGCGAGGAGGAAUUCGUUGAUGCAGCAGAAUCUGAUGAGGAACCAGUGGAUAAGAAGCCCUAUCAUUUACGGCGUAGUUCUCGGAAAGUCAAGCAGCCUGUGGAGAGUGAAAAUGAGGAUGUUAAACCAACAGAACCAUCGCCAGUCAAACGCCGAAGAGGACGUCCACCGGGACCGGCCAAAAACCUAACGAUGACCAAUGAUGGCCGCCAUGAAUGCGGAGUGUGUGGCAAAACCUUCUCAUGGUUCCGCGACAUGCAGCGUCACGCCAGAAUUCACUUCGAGAAGGCCUCAUACGUGUGCGAUACUUGUGGAAAAGGAUUCCUGCGCAAAGACAAGUACAUGUUCCACAUCCGCUGUCACGAAAAACGAGAGUCCAAAUGGAAGGCUUUACAAAUGGGAAACGAAUGGCGAUUUGCCGAGCGUCUGUACAGCUCCGGUAGAAUGAAGAGAAUCGAGUGCAAGUUGUGCGGAUUACAUUGCCAGCGACUGGAGGAGCUUAGAUUUCAUCUAAGAGGUCAUGCGGAUGUGAAGACCCUAGUCCACUUAAGAAACGAUAGUGAUGUGGUCAGAGAGCACUUUCCUGAUUUGCCUUGCGAUUUGGAAAUCGUCAAGCAACAGAUCUGCGCUGAUAUCGCCGAAGGAAACACGGAAAAGUUUGCCAGCGUUGUGAAUUUCCACGGCUAUGAAGUGGGAGUCAGUGAUUCCGAUGCAGAAUGUGACAGCACAGAGGCGAAAUAUCACUGCUUCGUAUGCAACCUCUCCUUCACCCGCAAACAUCGCUUAGUGAGGCACACCCUAGAGAAUCACUCAGAAUCGCCUUCAACGCUUCCCUGGCAGCGGUGUAGUUCCUGUAAAAUAGGCUUCCUCUGUUCAACUCUGUACAACCAACAUCUAAGCACCCAUUGCCACAACAAAGCGAGGCGAUAUCACUGCCCUAAAUGUCCUGGAAAGUUUAUGUGGCCGGAAAACCUGCAGAGGCACGCGUGCUCCAAUUCGAGAGAAAAAGAGUCUAUGACCAAGCAGAUAUCUUGCUCGCUAUGUGAUGCCACGCUUCCCAGUUUGGCGCAACUUCGCAUUCAUCUCACCACCCACCAGCAUGAUUUAAAUGGGAUUAGUUCAAAGUACGAUUCCUCAUUCUUCCAGUCGUUUUAUCCGGAUGGUUUGACGUGCUCUCCCUCGGAUCUGGCUGCUCGUAUAGCUGAAGACUUUGAGGUCCAGGACUUUGAUCGCUACUACAACGCCUGUACGGGAAGCGGUCAAGAGCUGGAUCUAUUUGAUUCGGAAACGGAGCAGGCCGAAGAGGAGAAACCCACGCACACCUGUCUGUUGUGUGGAGCUGUAGCGAACACAUUAACGAGCCUGCUGCAGCACCAAAAGAGCUUCCAUUCUGAAGCAACUGAGCUGCCAUGUUCAUGUGAGGACUGCGCUUCUGGUUUCGUGAGCAAGGCACUUCUUGAACAACACCGAAGACGCAUGUGUGCCAAGAAACACUCACGGUUUCACUGUCAGAGUUGCAAUCUCCGAUUCGUUUGGCAGAUCAACUUUGAGCAGCAUCUGAAGACAUACCAUGAAGAAAGGAAAGAUGCAGAUCAGCUGAGCGGCAUGCUCAGUUCUUCGUCCGCAAAGCUGCAGUGUGACGAAUGCGAGAAGGUAUUCAUCUGGCAUAAAGAUCUCACCCGUCACAUGCGAUUGCACCAACCUCAAUCAGCGGCACAGUUCGACUGUCCGCAUUGCCAUCGUAAGUUCCACCGAAAGGAUGGCCUAAAGUCCCACCUAAAAGUUCAUGCUGGAGAGCCAGAUCACCUAAAUGAGCGGGGUACAACUGCCAAUAAUGUUCUAGAAAUAACUCUGUCAAGACUUAGUCGGCCCCAUGGUUGCAAGGUGAUUCAAUGCAUGAUCUGCCUUUCCCGGCACUCAAGGAUCAGUGAUCUGCGCACCCACCUGAGUUCACAUCAAUACGGAUUGAACUUUUCCGAAGAGAGAGAUAUUCCCAGUGCCUCAAGAGCCUUUUACCCAGAACUUGCAACUUCCUUGAACAGAGAUGAACUUGCCGGGAGGAUUAUGGCUGAUGUGGAAAUGGAAAGGGAUUUGGAUCGAUUUAUUUCCAUUACCAACGAGGCUGGCAUGGAGCUAAAUCUCGACAGCAGCGAAACUGAUUCUGAAUCCGAGCAGGAGGCGGACUUCUCAGCCAAAACCUAUGCCUGCAAUCUAUGUACCUCGGUGGUGGAAAGAAAACAUCAACUGUUUGCUCACCAACUGGAGGAGCACAAGUGGGAGGAGGCGUUCCUUGUUUGUUCCCAAUGCCAGGCUAGGUUUGUCAGCGAAUCUCUGUUGGAGCAUCACUGCAGAACCCUAUGCCACAAUCCGCAGAAAGUUUUCCAGUGCCGCAAGUGUCCUCUGCGCUUCCGCUGGCGGGAGAACCUGAAGCUUCACAUGAACCUGUCCCAUCAGCAAACCGAAAUCUCAAUCCCCGAUGAAUCCCCUCCGGCACAUGGCGAUCUUCAGUGCGGCGAGUGUCAUCGCAGCUUCAAGAUGCAGAAGGAUCUCACACGCCACACCCUCAUGCACGGCCAGGAGUCGAACAUCUACCGAUGUCGUUGGUGUGCUCGUCGCUUCUAUCGCUGGGCCAAUCUUGUACAGCAUAUCGUUCGCCAUGGGAUAACUGCCGGCCAAUUGCCCUAUGCCGAGGCCAUUCUGGAGUCCUACGGCAAUCCUGGUGGCCAAAAGAAGGUGGAGUGUCGCGUGUGCAGCGUAAGCUUUUCCACCAUCGCCGCUCUGCGUCUGCAUCUGGAAACCAUGCCAGCAGGAAGCCACCACGAGUUCACCUCAAAUCAGAACUACUCUAUUACCAACCAGAUGGGCUACGAGAUGGAGCUGAAUGAUUCGGAGACUGACGAUGGCGGUGCUAUUAAGCCACCCGGUGCUCCUGCUUCCUAUACUUGCGGUAUGUGCCAACUGAGGUGCACGCGGAAGUUCGAGCUGCAACAGCACCAGCAGGCCAUGCACCGGAUGGAGAAGAUUCCCGACGGUUGUGAUAAGUGCAUCUUCAAAAGCGUUUGCCCAGACAUAAUUGCUCAUCAUAAGAAAACGCAGUGCGAGAAUCGGGAGAAGCAGUUCACCUGCACUCGUUGUGGCUACAAGUUCAUGUGGGAGUCCAAUCUGCUGCAGCACAUGCAGUUGCAGCAUGAAAAGUCAGAGGAUCAUGAGCUGGAUGAAUCCAAGGAGGCGUCUGGGGACGAACCGAAAGCAGAGAGCCAGGUGUUCCAGUGUGGACUUUGCCCCAAGAAGUACAACCGAAAGGAUCGGCUUACGGCGCACGCAAAGAAGUUCCACGGACCGGAUGGCAAGGGUCCUAGUUUAGUGAAGGCCUCUAAUCGACCGACAUCGCCCAAGGAACCAAAGCGAUUCCUGUGCGCAUUCUGCGGCAAGGCGGUCAGCUCCUCUUCCAACCUGAUCAUCCACAUGCGGCGUCAUACCGGCGAAAAGCCUUUCAAGUGUGAAUACUGCACGAUGGCCUUCCCGCGAUCCUCCGACCUCCAGUGCCACCGAAGGACGCACACUGGCGAACGUCCGCAUGUGUGCACUGUUUGCCAGAAGGGAUUCGCCCGCUCGUACAAACUGCAGCAGCACAUGCGCAUCCACAGCGGAGAGCGGCCGUACAAGUGCACCUACUGCGAGAAGAGCUUCACGCAGUCCAACGACCUGACCCUCCACAUCCGCCGGCACACUGGCGAGCGGCCCUACCAAUGCGGCGUCUGCGGAGAGCGUUUUAUCCAGGGCACCGCGCUGAAGAACCACCGCAUGCAGCAGAGCCACUACGAGGAGGGCCAGGAAUCGGCGGAGCCCCCAAGACGAACGGUUCUGGAGCAGUUCUCUAUAUAAGAGUGGGGAAUAAAAGGACUUCCCAAACUUUAAAGCUGAGUUUUCUUUACUUACCCGCUAUUUUUUAGGGUCAACGGCAAUUUAACGUAUAAGAUUUUAAAUAAAUAUUUUAAUAAA